AUGGAGGACCCAGCCAGUCAAUUCGAGGACCCCUUCCGCACUCGCGACUCAACAGCCUGGCCACCUGACCGCAGCGCAGAAGAGGAAGCUCGGCCCAGCAAGCCAGCAGCCGAGCCGUGGUGGCCGUCUAAUGAAGGCAGUGCUGGGCCAUCGCCGCCACGCCCAGAGCUCUCCAAAAGUGGGGCCAACGGAAACGUUGCGCCUCGUUCGCAGCCGGCAGAACACCUGCUGGUGCUACUGCAAGCCGAGCAAGUGCUGGUGAAGCGUCUGCGUCAAGAUGUCGCGGAGUGGAGCCAGGAGUUACAUCGUUUGGAGGAGGCUUGUCGGCGUGAGGACAAGGUGGCUCGCCGCGAACAAGCUGAAGUUCAGAAGCUGGAGACCGAGCGAGGCCACUUGAUGCAGCAGCUUGAUCUUUCACAGCGGCAGCUUGCGGAGCUGCGCUUGGAGCACCGGAGGCAUCAGGAGAGCGCCCUUCUGAUCUCUGGUGCGAGGAAGCAGCGGGAGGAGGCCUUUUUCCUGCAACGGCUGCAGGAAGAGUACUCGCGUGAUUCAGAGGCCAUGGAAGUGUCCCUAACGAAGCUGGAACUGGCAAGCCUCAGCAUGGAGGGACAAGGCCGUGCCCUUCAGCAGGCAACGCAAGAGGUCCAUGAGCAGGCCAAAGCAGAGCAGGCUCGCUUGGACGUGGAGAAGCGUGAGCUGCAAGCUCUGCAGAAGGCGCUGCUGUCCUUGCGCAGUACCCCACCCAGCCCUUCGGCACCUACACCAGGAUUCGGCGGCGGCUGGGACAGCCCUUUCGGGUCGACGCCCUUCUCAGGAGUCGGACCUGAGGCUUGGAGCUCUGGUGUCUCUUUGGUCGACGACAGCCCUUGGAGAAGAAGUCCAGCCGGUGCCGGUGGGGUCGCGACGUUUCGAGAUGGGGUGUAA